CAGAGGGAUUACAUUGUUGAAGGACAUUGGGAGCUGUAGCUCUUGGUAUAUUUUAUUAAUGGAAAAAGGAUAUUUUAGCAACUGAAUGUGGUACAACGAUUUAGAUAAUUUAAAAUCUUAUAGAAAACUCGAUUUGCACUCAAUCUGAUGCUUAUCUGGACACUUAUAUCCAGUCAUGGUAUUCCAUCCAUUCAAAGUCAAACAAUUGGAAUAAGCUUGGAGUUUUGGGGGAGUUGUGUUUGUCCUUGUACACAUUCUUGUGGUUUUUAUAAAGUUUUUAAUCUUCUGAGAGGUUGAGGUGAGGAUCUCCUCCAAAAGGAUCUCCCAUGCACAUCCAAAAUAUCAAGGUUGCCAAUGAAGGGACUGUGAAUUCUAUGAAGAUGAGGGAAGAGUGUAAGGCUUAUGUUGAUGCUUUGAUUAAGGUUGUAGCCUGCUAUAGGCACCUGGCGACCAGUGUUGGGGGAUCCUCAGAUUGCUCCAACCUGAGAGAUGAGCUCAAGAGGACACGUGAAAAAGCCCAGGAUUUGGCAGUGGCCAACAGGAAUAGGCUGACACUUUGCCUCCGGGACAAGAACUUGCCCAAAGAUGACCAGGCUGAGAUGGAGCGCCUUUGGGUGGCUUUCUCCUCCAGUUUGGAGCUCUUCCAUGCUGACAUGUGCAAGGUCUUUGAAAUGGGACAAAGCUUUAGUCUCUCUUCCCAGAACAAUCUUUUAGUCCAGACUGGAAUGUCAGGCGCCACAUCAGACAUAGCAGCCAGGGCACUGAGUGUUCAGAAGAUCAACUAUGAUGAAACGGUGUCAAGCGUGGACAGAUUGGAGCAGAAAGACCUGGAGGAACAGAUUGACAAAGUGGAUAAGAUGAUCUAUGACAUAGAGAUGAAAGUGAAUGUCCUCCGCUGGACCGUGGAGGCCAAAGAACCGAAGUACGCUGACCCUGUGAGCAAUGACACCUCCUCUGUGGCUAUGCUUUCCUUGGAGGAUGACGACAACGACCAGUGUUGUGACCGAGGCCAGGUUAUUGUGUCAGUGAUUCUCGGUGGCGUUGCCAUGGUUGCAGUGGUGCUGUCUGUUUGCGUGGUGUACCUUGCAUGAGCAACCUUAGUCCCAGGAAACUUUCCACCAAUUAGAUGGUAACCCAGGGUCAACAAUGUGUGAACUUGCUUGGAUGACUUAAGAAAGCAAGGCUCAAAAGAAGGAUUCUGGCAACUUUAGACUACAAUUGAACUCUUACCUAAACUAACUGUUAGAUGAAAUGGGAAAGUUAGUGGUCCUUUUGGUGCAGCUGUUACUAAGUAGGGGAGUUAGGCAACUUUUGUAUUAUUUUGAACAUCACGGUCAUUAAAAAGAAAGUCUAUUUAUUGCAAGAAAAUAAGUAGAAAGAUUGAUAGUUAGCAUUUUGAUCUAAGAGCUCUUGGAACAUGUCUGAACAUUUAUAUGCACUAUUUACUAUUUUCUGUUAUGCCGUUCUUUGCAAUGAAAUGUUCCCUAUUCAUUUUUUAUGUUUAUCAUAUGCACUUUAAACAAUUCCUGUCAAUAUUCUUAUGCUGGGGAAAAAAAUAACACAGCAGAAUAGCAGUUUUCAGAUAACUACAGCAUCUGUUCUUUCAAGUAGUGUGCACCUGAUGAUUCAGCUUGUCAAAGAGUCUCAGUACUGGUUUGGUAUUCAUUUCAUGAUUUGUGUGUUCUCCCUAUGGUGUUGGGAGUGUGUUGUCAAACUAUUGAGCUCAAGUAGAAAUUUAAGAAACUCACCUCAAGAGAGUUUAAUUGCUGAAGUUAUGCUAGGUUGAUUUGUAUUUGUACAAAAAAAGCCUCUGAACAUUUUUAUAUAUUUUUUUAAUUAAAAGUGAAUAAUUCUCUAAAAGCUUACAGAAAAUAAAUGACUUAUCUCUACAAGAUGUAAUUUCUUAAAAACCAUGAGGCACCAACACUUAGAUAAUCUGCCAUCUUUGAAUCCAGUAGCAGUUGGGUUUGUUUCAAAGCCCUAUACUAUUUAGUAUUUACUAUGUUUUAUUAUAUAUAUAUAUAUAUAUAUAUAUAUAUAUAUAUAUA